UACAGGACCAGUGGAAGCGUUGUGACUGAACAAGACAUCACCGUCUCCAAAAUCAUAGUCCACGAGAAUUACCAAAUUCCGAAAACGUAUAGUAACGACAUUGCUCUACUGUAUCUCGAAAAACCUGUAGUACUUGGAGUAGGCGUCGGACUAGUCUGCUUGCCAGAUAUUAAAAAUAUUCUCCCCGUUGACUUAAAUGAAACUUGCUGGAUAACAGGUUGGGGAGAUUUGUACUCAGGAGGAUACCAACCGAAUACCCUAAUGCAAGCGUCUGUGCCGCUGGUGUCCAAACAACGUUGUUCACAUGUUUAUCCUGGAUAAAUCGACGACUCAAUGCUAUGUGCCGGCCUAGAUCAAGGUGGGAUUGACACCUGCCAGGGCGAUAGCGGUGGACCGCUGGUGUGCGAGUUCAAUGGCACCUGGUAUCUUGAGGGUAUCACCAGCUGGGGAUACGGAUGCGCUCAAGCUUAUAAGUAUGGCGUCUACGCCAAAGUGCGGGCCUUGGAUUCUUGGGUACAGGCCAAUAUGUAUAAGGUGGUUCCACCAAACACAAUACAGCCACAUAAUCAGUCAUCGGUUUCUUUAAUUUCCUGCAGCUUUGACAAUGGUUUGUGUUCUGGAUGGAGGCAGUUAUCAUUCGAUGAUUUUGAUUGGACGCUUGGAUCAGGUUCAACGCCUUCCUCUUCAACAGGUCCCAGCUUUGGUCAGGGAGGAUCAGGAAAGUAUAUGUACAUCGAGGCGUCCUCGCCAAGAAAACCUGGAGAAAAGGCACAAAUCGUGGUCACAGUCCCAAACAAAGGGAAGAAAGCGUGUCUUUCAUUCUACUAUCAUAUGUAUGGAGCUUUCGCAGGAAGUCUUAAUGUCUACAAUGGUAAUGACACAGUAUUUAACGUGUCAGGAAAUCAGGGAAACAGAUGGAUGAUCGUGGAAAAAAGCUUACACCUUGAGAGCGAGAUUACAUUUGAAGGAAUACGGGGGGGUUCUUAUACGGGUGAUAUCGCCAUUGAUCAAUUACUGAUAACCGAAGGAAACUGUCCAGUGUCAUGUAGCUUUGACAAUGGGUUGUGCCUUUGGUGGAGCCAAUCCAAGUCAGAUGUCUUUGACUGGAGGCUUGGUUCUGGUUCCACGCCAUCAUCGGGCACAGGGCCUUCAUCAGAUCGGAGUGGAACAGGAAUGUAUAUGUAUACUGAGGCGUCAUAUCAGUCGACGGGUGAUAAUGCAAAGCUCAAACUUUCAGUGCCUAGUGGAAAAUCAUCUUCUUGCCUUACGUUCUACUAUCACAUGUAUGGAGCAAAUAUGGGGACGCUAAAUGUCUUGAAUGGAAAUGACAAAAUAUUUACCAAGUCAGGAAAUCAGGGUUUUUAUUGGAAAAAAGUGACCAAAACUUUGCACUUGAACAAUGUUUUGACAUUUGAGGGGAUUAGAGGGACGUCAUACACAAGUGAUAUUGCUAUUGAUGAUGUCAAAGUAAGCGAUGGAAACUGCCCAGGUUGUGGCGGAGUUUUAAACAAAUCUUCUGGAGUGGUGCACCUUGCUAACACUGGGAACGAAGACGAGACGCAUUGCAUUUGGACAAUUGGUAACGCGGGGUUGAGACAAUCAUAUGCAUCGCUGUCUCUCCAAAGAGUAUACCUAAGAUAUUGCAGCGAGUAUGUCAAGGUCUUUCAUGAAGAUGGAACCACACUGUUUGACCAAGAGGGCUGUCAGUCUUCGCUUCCAUACGGAGCUUCACUGGAAAUUCCCUUUGGUUCCUCAAACCGCAUAACAGUUGACAUAUCCCUACAGUAUAGAUGGAGCGCGGUUAGCAUUCCAUACAUAUUCUCAAAACAAGGAUAUAAUUCCGCCAAACCAAUAUCCUCCUGGAAUGCAACAGUGGACACUAUAACAUCAUCGUCAGCCACUGUACGGUGGUCAAACUUUCCAUUAGCUUCUUCGAUCAAUCAUUAUUUGGUGAGGUUCAAGGAGGUUUCUGAUGUCAGCACAUUGUUCCAAGUCAGCAGCUACAAUAACUAUUAUUACACCAACCGUCUCAAGGGAUACACAUCUUAUAAUGUCACAGUUUUAGCUGUGACUGCCAGUGACGGAAAUAUUACAUAUUCCAGCAAAACUGUGUCAAUGAAGACGGCAGAGGGUGUUCCCAGCCGAGCUCCGUCAAACACACAUGCGGCAAACCAUGGAUUGAAUGAAUUCUUGGUCGAGUGGGAUCCACUCCCUCACCAAUACGCCAAUGGUCGACUUCUGGGAUACAAAGUCUACUACAAAGACGCUGACUAUUACUACUCGUCGGAGACAUCUGUUAAUACGAGUAACGCUGACGAGUCAUAGGUUGUACUAGGUGGAGUACAGCCAGGCCGUCGUUACAAGAUUUCAGUAGUAGCAUUUACUUCUAAAGGGGAGGGGCCUCGAUCUCCAUAUCUCUACGAAACCAAGGGUUGUGAAGGCUUUAGAAACCAAGUGUCCGGUUGGUUGAAUUUCAGUAACUCGCGCUACAAUACUCUCAAUUGUAGUGUUCAAGUACAAAACGCUGGAGUCCAACGCGGAUCGGCCCUUAUUUCCUUUCAGAGCAUAUACUUUAGAUAUUGCAGCGAGUACAUCAAGAUUAUUGAUAGCAAUGGUGUUCAGAUUUUCCAUCGUGGAGGAUGCGACUCCCUAACUAAUGGAAUGUCCGUGGAAGUCCCAUUUGGUGAUGGGCAUAGUAUCACGCUCGCUUUUCUUUUUUCGUACCGGUAUAGUUAUCUCAGAGUCCAAUACUCGAUACUAAAUCAGCCCCUAAGCUCAGCUCAAUUGCUCCCCUCUUGGAACAUCAGCAUCUCUAAUACUACAACCAAGUCAAUGACAGUGCAAUGGUCCAACUUCCCUCUGACAAAUCACUCCAUUCAACAACUUUUAGUGAACUGCAGAGAACAGAAUUCGAACGUCAGCUUAAUUUUUCAAACUCCAAGUUCCUAUAAUACACAUUACACAGGCAGGGUUCUUAGAAGUUACCAAUAUUAUGACGUGCAAGUAAUUGCUGUGGCGUCAAAUUUUAGCAAUGGUACAUUCAUUAGUAGGAAAGAGAUCGGAAGGACUGACGAGGGAGUUCCAAGCACUUCACCAUCGAAUAUACGAUUGACAAACCUGCAGUCCCAUGAGGUGAAAGUACAAUGGGAUCCCAUACCUCCAGAGACGGCCAAUCGAAUAUUAUUGGGAUAUAGAGUAUUCUUCCAAAAGUACUAUUAUUCAGGUUUGCUUCAAAGUGUGGAUACUAAGAGCCCCAGUGUUCACAUGCUGGUACUAAGGGGUCUGAAGUCAGCACAGAGAUACCAAAUAUCGGUGGCAGCAUUUACGUCGAAAGGAGCAGGACCGCGGUCAUACUUGCGAUACUUUACAACAGGUUGUGGUGGACAACUAAAUGAGUCAUUUGGACAAGUUCACAUCGGCUCAAACAGGAACCAGUACUAUUUAAGCUGCACCUGGAAUAUCGUCAAAGUGGGUAUCCAGCAAGCGGUCGCUUUCAUCUGGAUAAAAGACUUUUAUUUUUCUUAUUCAUCUGGCUAUUUAAAGAUCCUGGACGGAAAUGGCUCCGUUGUUUUGCAUCAACAUAAAUACUCUGCUAUCCAAGAGAACAUUUUCUUAGAAGUUGAAUUUCGAAAUGCUGACAGUAUUGCCAUACAAACCUUCCUAAGGAGUGCGUACAGUCAUUUUCAGCUUUAUUACGGGACUUUGAAACAAGGCCUUCAGUCAGCUUUGUUGACUGCAAAUUGGAACGUUACAGUCGAAAAUGUCACUCCUAGAAGUGUUAGUGUCCUCUGGACUAACCUGGAAUUACUGAUAGGAGACCAAGUUUUGCAUUAUAUAAGUUUGAUAACAAGUGCUAACGGUAGCACUGUCUUAAGCGCUGUGAUCACAAGUGGAAACACUACGACCGGGAAUAUUUCUGGAUUAUCAGUAUACACGGAGUAUCAAAUAAGCACUUUUGGCGUUGGAAGUGAUGGGCAAGCGUACAAAAGUUCAAAUUUAACAUUUUGGACGGAAGAAGGAGUUCCUAGUGGAUCCCCAUCAAAUGUUCGACUGUCAAACCUACAGCACAAUGAGAUACAAGUACAAUGGGAACCACUUGCACAGCAUUAUGUAAAUGGGCGACUACAGGGAUAUAGAGUUCGUGUUUAUGAGUACGGAUAUUAUUACUAUUAUUACGGUUCCCCCGUGCAAACUUUGGAGACUCCUGGCCCCUACGUUCACACGAUGAAAGUAGGAAGUCUAAAAGCCGCACAACAAUACAGAGUAAACGUCGCAGCUUUUACUUCGAAAGGCGAGGGCCCACGAUCUUACUGGCGAUACAUUACAACAGCAUGCGGAGGAAGCGUAAAUCAGUCAUUCGGCGAGAUACAAGUUGGACGAAGGGGUUACUACUCAAGUUAUCUUCGAUGUAACUGGGAGAUUGACAACCCGGGAUUCAACCAAUCUAUCCUGAUUGUAUAUUUUGAAGAACUGUAUAUCUCAAGCUAUUAUGAAUAUGUAAAGAUUAUGGAUGGAAAUGGUGUAACAGUAUUUCAUGACUCUGGACAUUCGUCUUCCGCUUUGAAAACGUUCCUGCUAGUUCCUUAUGGGAGUGGAAAUAAUGUCAAGGUGCAGAUUUACUUCUACAAUAGCUGGAGUCAGUUGAAGCUUCAAUACGGAAUCGUAAAUCAGGACCUCCAGUCAGCUGUAUUUGUGUCCAAUUGGAACGUAACCAUUGGGAACACUACAGAAAGUAGUAUCGGCACCCAAUGGCAAAAUUUGAACGAAAUGCUGAAUCAACAAAUUCUUCACCUCGUUGGCCUUCUGCAGACCUCCAAUGGGACCACUAUGAACGCCAAGAUCAUGCCUGGCAAUACGACUUCUGUUGUAUUCGAUGGACUUUCAUCCUAUAGACAAUAUUCUAUUGCUAUUGUUGGCGUUGACAAUAAUGGAAAUGCCUAUAAGAGUGCCAAUAUCACAGCCUGGACAGACGAAGGAGUCCCGAGCAGAGCGCCAAGUGGCGUACGAGUGACAACUGUGGAGUACACAACUGACCUGCUAGUGAAAUGGAACCCUUUAUCUCAGAUCUAUGCAAAUGGCAAGAUAUUGGGAUAUACCAUAUAUUAUAGAGAAUACAACAAUUGGUAUUCCCCGUAUAAAACUAUCAAUACAAGUCGUCCUUAUCCAACGCAGUUCGUUUUGAAAGGACUGAAGCCGGCGGAAAGAUACCGUGUUGCAGUGGCAGCCUUUACAUCCAAGGGACGUGGACCCAUGUCAUACUUUACUUACGGGACAACAAGCUGUUCUCAAACUUUACGAGAAGCUUUUGGAGAAAUACAACAUUCGCCAAACAACAACUACUAUCUCCGUUGUCAUCUAAGCAUUACGAGUGGUGGUAUGCCUGACGCCAUAGCCGUAUUUUCUGUGCAAGAAAUAAAUCUCAGAUACUGCAGCGAUUAUGUAAAGAUUACCGAUGGAAACGGCACUGAUGUUUUAUAUUAUAAUGGUUGCAAUGAAAAAUUUGCUCCAGAAAUUCUCUUUGAUGUGCAUUUUGGUUUGUCCAAUAACAUAUCAAUUCAAGUGUCCACAAGCAGUUCAAGCAGUAGUAUCAAAAUAAACUACGCCAUUUUAAUGAAGAGCCUAACUUCGUCCUUUGUCGUCUCGGGAUGGAAUAUAUCAGUAUCAAACCCUGACUCCUCUGGUGCCACACUUCAGUGGACAAGCCUCGAUGCAAACGUAAACCAUCAAGCAAAUUUUUACAUCAUUGAGGUUAAAAGCAUGGAUGGCGCUCCACUGGAUGUCCAUACCGUUCCAGGAAAUACCACAACGUCAGUCAUAAAGCGACUCAAACCCUCUACAAUGUAUCGUGUGGUCGUUUAUGGAGCUGAUAACAAUGGGCAGCCAUAUAUGAGUUCACAAAGCAUUCUUACUACUUCCAAAGUGUUCUGCGGAGCUCGACCCAGUUCGACGCGCAUCGUCGGUGGCACAGUUGCGGUUGUAAACAGCUGGUCUUGGCAGGUGAUGCUGACAGAGAAUGGAAGGCAAUUCUGUGGCGGAUCAUUAGUGGAUCCAUACUUGGUACUCACAGCAGCUCACUGCGUUCAGUGGAAAUCGGCAGCUAACCUCAAAAUAAGGGUGGGAGCCCAUUACAGGACCAGUGGAAGCGUUGGGACGGAACAAGACAUCAACGUCUCCAAAAUCAAAGUCCACGAGAAUUACCAAAGGCCGAAAACAUAUAGUAACGACAUCGCUCUUCUAUACCUAAAAAAACCUGCUGUGCUUGGAGUAGGCGUCGGACUAGUCUGCCUGCCGGAUAUCAAUAAUGUUCUUCCCAUUGACUUAAAUGAAACAUGCUGGAUAACAGGUUGGGGAGAUUUGUAUUCAGGAGGAUAUCAACCGAAUACCCUAAUGCAAGCGUCUGUGCCGCUGGUGUCCAAACAACGUUGUUCAAAUGUUUAUCCUGGAAAAAUCGACGACUCAAUGCUGUGUGCCGGCUUGGAUCAAGGUGGAAUUGACACCUGUCAGGGCGAUAGUGGUGGACCGCUGGUGUGUGAGUUCAAUGGCACCUGGUAUCUUGAGGGCAUCACCAGCUGGGGAUACGGAUGCGCUCAAGCUUAUAAGUAUGGUGUCUACGCCAAAGUGCGGGCCUUGGAUUCUUGGGUACAGGCCAAUAUAUACAAGGUGGUUCCACCAAAUACAAUACAGCCGCAGAAUCAGUCAUCGGUUUCUUUGCUUUGGUGUAGCUUUGACAAUGGUUUGUGUUCUGGAUGGAGCCAAUCCUCUUCGGAUGAUUUUGAUUGGACGCUUGGAUCAGGUUCGACGCCUUCCUCUUCAACAGGUCCCAGCUCUGGUGAGGGAGGAUCAGGAAAUUAUAUGUACAUCGAGGCGUCCUCGCCAAGAAAACCUGGAGAAAAGGCGCAAAUGGUGGUCACAGUCCCAAAUAAAGGGAAAAAAGCGUGUCUUUCAUUCUACUAUCAUAUGUUUGGAACUUCCGCAGGAAGUCUUAAUGUCUACAAUGGUAAUGACAUAGUAUUUAACGUGUCAGGAAAUCAGGGAAACAGAUGGGUGAUCGUGGAAAAAAGCUUACACCUUGAUAGCGAGAUUACAUUUGAAGGAGUACGGGGGGGUUCUUAUACGAGUGAUAUCGCCAUUGAUCAAGUACUGAUUACCGAAGGAAACUGCCCAGUUUCAUGUGGCUUUGACAGUGGGUUAUGCCUUUGGUGGAGCCAAUCAAAGUCAGAUGCCUUUGAUUGGAGGCUUGGUUCUGGUUCCACGCCAUCAUCAGGCACGGGGCCUUCAUCAGAUCGGAGUGGAACAGGAAUGUAUAUGUAUACUGAAGCCUCAUAUCAGUCGAGGGGUGAUAAUGCAAAGCUCGAACUUUCAGUGCCUAGCGGAAGAUCAUCUUCUUGCCUUAUUUUCUACUAUCACAUGUACGGAUCAACAAUGGGGACGCUAAAUGUGUUUAAUGGAAAUGAAAAAGUAUUUACCAAGUCAGGAAAUCAAGGUUUCUAUUGGAAGAAAGUGAUCAAAACUUUACACUUGAGAGAUGUUUUGACAUUUGAGGGGAUUAUAGGGACAUCUGUCACAAGUGAUAUCGCUAUUGAUGAUGUCAAAAUAAGCGAUGGAAACUGCCCAGGUUGUGGCGGUGUUUUAAACAAAUCUUCUGGAGUGGUACACCUUGCUAACACUGGGAACGAAGACGAGACGCAUUGCAUUUGGACAAUUGGUAACGCUGGGUUAAGACAAUCAUAUGCAUCGCUGUCUCUUCAAAGAGUAUCCUUAGGAUAUUGCAGCGAGUAUGUCAGGGUCUUUCAUAAAGAUGGAACGGAACUGUUUAACCAAGGGGGCUGUCAGUCUUCGCUUCCAUACGGCACCUCACUGGAAAUUCCCUUUGGUGUCUCAAACCACAUAACAGUUGACAUUUCCCUGCAGUAUAGAUGGAGCGCGGUUAACAUUCAGUACAUAAUCUCAAAACAAAGACAUAAUUCUGCCCAACCAAUAUCUUCCUGGAAUACAACAGUGGACGGAAUAACAUCAUCGUCAGCCACUGUCCGGUGGUCAAACUUUCCACUAUCUUCUUCGAUCAAUCAUUAUUUGGUGAGGUUCAAUGAGGUUUCUGGUGUCAGCACAUUGUUCCAAGUCAGCACCUACAGUAACUCUUAUUACACCAACCGUCUCAAGGGAUACACAUCUUAUGAUGUCGAGGUUUUAGCUGUGACUGCCAGUGACGGAAAUGUUACGUAUUCUAGCAGAACUGUUUCAAUGAAGACUGCAGAGGGUGUUCCAAGCCGAGCUCCGUCAAAGGUCCGUGCGGCUAGCCAUGGAUUUAAUGAACUUUUGGUUGAGUGGGAUCCACUCCCUCACCAAUACGCCAAUGGUCGACUUUUGGGAUACAAAGUCUACUACAAAGACACUGACUAUUAUUACUGGUCGGAGAAAUCUGUUAAUACGAGUAACGCUGACGAGUCACAGGUUGUACUGGGCGGUGUGCAGACAGGCCGUCGCUACAAUAUUUCUGUUGUAGCAUUUACUUCUAAGGGGGAGGGGCCCCGAUCUCCAGAUCUCUACGUAACCAAGGGUUGCGAAGGCCUUGUAAACCAAGUGUCCGGUUCGUUGUAUUUUAGUAAUUCGCGCUACAGUACCCUCAACUGCAGUGUUCAAGUACAAAAUGCUGGAAUCCAACAUGGAUCGGUUCUUAUUUCCUUCCAGAGCUUAUAUUUUGGAUAUUGCAGCGAGUACAUCAAGAUUUUUAAUAGCAAUGGUGUUCAGGUUUUUCAUCGUGGAGGUUGUGAUUCCCUAACUAGCGGAAUUUCCGUGGAAGUCCCAUUUGGUGAUGGGCAUAGCAUCACGCUCGCUUUUCUAUUUUCGUACCGAUAUAGUUACGCCAGAGUCCAAUACUCCAUACUAAAUCAGCCCCUCAGCUCAGGGAUUUCCACGUCAACCCACGUGAUGACUUUCAAGCCGACAACUAUUCCUCGCACUCCAUCAGCAAAGGAAAUGCAAGAAGCAGUGAUGUUAAAAAUGACAAACUUUGAUAUGAACAAGUGGAAGAAGAUGGAGGCGGACUUUAAACAAGAAGUUGCGAGUGCAGCCACUAGAUACUGCGCAGGUGGAGGAGCAUCCUGUCAAAUAAGCCUUCGACGGAGAAGAUCUUCUGACAGCAUAGAAUUCUCAGCAGAUAUGGUCCACAUUGUCCCUGGUUACCCAAAGCAGUCACCGGAUGAUCCCAGCAUAACGUUGUUGGCUUUCUAUCUGCAGCUUCCUGGAGACAUCGGAGAUAGCUUGGUCAGCGAGGACGUCCUGCAAAACAUCGUGAAAAGCGAUAUGAAAUCUAUUGAAGGGUCGAUGGGUGUUAGCAUCACAUCUGUUCAGCCAAUGCCAUCCACUCAGCUUCAGGUCGAUGGGUCGAUGGGUGUUAGCAUCACAUCUGUUCAGNAGUGUUUAAAUGAUUCUCUGGUAACCAAAGGGAUUUCCACGUCAACCCACGUGAUGACUUUCAAGCCGACAACUAUUCCUCGCACUCCAUCAGCAAAGGAAAUGCAAGAAGCAGUGAUGUUAAAAAUGACAAACUUUGAUAUGAACAAGUGGAAGAAGAUGGAGGCGGACUUUAAACAAGAAGUUGCGAGUGCAGCCACUAGAUACUGCGCAGGUGGAGGAGCAUCCUGUCAAAUAAGCCUUCGACGGAGAAGAUCUUCUGACAGCAUAGAAUUCUCAGCAGAUAUGGUCCACAUUGUCCCUGGUUACCCAAAGCAGUCACCGGAUGAUCCCAGCAUAACGUUGUUGGCUUUCUAUCUGCAGCUUCCUGGAGACAUCGGAGAUAGCUUGGUCAGCGAGGACGUCCUGCAAAACAUCGUGAAAAGCGAUAUGAAAUCUAUUGAAGGGUCCAUGGGUGUUAGUAUCACAACUGUUGAGUCAAUGCCAUCCGCUCAGCUUGAGAAUGAAAGUGAUGAAGAGGAUAAGAAAGAAGAGAAAGAUAAUGAAAAAUCGACCUCGAACUUUGUUAUCGUGGGAGUUACCUUGGGAGCUUUACUACUGUUGGGGAUUAUCAUUGCUGUCACCUUGUGUAUUAAAACUACCAGAUUUGGCCCCAAAUGCCGUGUGCAACCCAGCAAGAAGAUUGACGAAGGAAUUGAUGAGGGUCGUGAGGCUGUCGAUGAGAACACAAAUAAACAAGAAGUGACUUUCAGCAAACCAAGCGGUAUUGCCUACGACAACAGUGCUUACAUUUCUGUAAAGCAAACCAUUGCAGUAGCACAACAAACUGAAUUCAUUCCAAUCGGAGAUCUACGCGACAAACUGUACGGGCAGCAGAGUCACUCAGCAAGUAAGAACGUUCGUUCAUCAGCCGAAGAAACAUUACUUGACGAGGAAUAUCAGGAGGAGAGGCUGCCCAGGUGCAGUGACGAGAUGCCGCCAGUCGAAAAUGCGAACUGCUGAACUGUAUCUUAAGCAUAUUGACCCUUACUAUUUGGGCAAACUUUGCUUGUUUACUACUUUGUUUGUUUUUAUAUUGACCAAGCGCAGCUAAAAUGGUUGUCGAGAAGUUCCUCAUUUGCUUUUUUAAUGGGCAAAGGACAGAUUCUUUUUAGCCUUUUACAGAGAUAGUAAAGUUAAAGCUUAGUUGUUAAUUUUUAAAGCUAAAGCAUCUUGCUAAUUCAUUCUGGGGAAUAAGGCGAGCAAUCGCGUUGGGUUAGAGAGACUUCUUUUGCUGCUCGGCUAACCAAUCAGAAGGUAGGAACCGCCUCAUCUUUCCUGCUCACGGAACCAUAUAUAGAUAGAGAGGGAUAUUAAACUC